GAAAGGUGCUGUUUGAAGAUGUCAAUAGCUAGGCUUUUCCUACCCCGACCAGGGCCUCGGCCUGUCGGGAGCAAAAUUCAAAAAAAAAAAAAAAUUUACUUUUUUUGUAAAUACUUUGAAAAAAAAUCAUUUUAAUUUCAUCUGCUAUUCCUUUUACACUUGGCAGUAUCCGGCCAACCAAUGGUUAAGCUCGCUAUGCACAGCGGGCUGUCUGAUGAAAGCUACUUCAUCAGCAGAGCCAAGGAAUUGGAGGCCUCUUGUCCAGAUGAGGCCAGGGCAUGGCUUUUGACAGCCAAAACUCUAUUUCCAAGAAGCUUCUCAAUACAGUUUGAGUCCUACAGGCUUGAUCGAGAAGCACUCAGUGUCAAGGACUCAGCUGCUCACCUGGAAAGACUUUGCCGCGAGUUCCCCGAUGAGCCCGACCUGUGGGCCGAGAUGCGAGUGCUGGCGGACGCUCUCCGCUGCGAGGACGAUGACGGACAAAGCAAGUUUCUCCGCGAGGUGUUCUGUCAGCUCUCCACCGACCUGCAGCACCGCGGCCUCUCAGUGAUCGCGGACCGGAGCAGCGACACCCUGGAGCACUGCCAGCUGGUGCUGCUGCUGCUCAACAAGUUCCCCAACAUGGUCAACGGACACGGAACGAGGGUCGUGGAUCUUCUGCUUACCUCAGAAAAGCACGCACACUUCAAGUCGCCGCUGAAUAAGUACAGGAAAUUUCUGGUGUGCGACCUUUUGCCGAGUCUACUCAGCUCUAGCGCCUCAGACCUCACUCAUAAACAGCUGACGCGCCUAUUUCUACGCACCGUCGAGUUCUACGUCUGUUAUAUGGCGUCGGAUAAUACCAAAAUACAGGGAACAGGAGCGGAGGAACCGGUGGAGCUGCGCCUGGCCGACCCCUGGAAGGACAUGUGCAGUCUGUGUCAGCUGGCCGCCAACAAACUGCACUGGCCACUGGCCGACGUCUUCACGCACAAGCGGUCCCGUGACCUGGUGUGGCAGCAGCUGGCCUCCUUUUUCCGCGAGCACUCUGCCCGCCAGGAGGACCCGUUCGUUCACUCUCAGCUGGUGUACUGUACCGUGGCCGUAAUGCUGCAGGCGGUGGUCGAAUACAGUCACAAAAUCGACCCCACGAUGGCGCCGGGCUCUCAGAGCAGCAGCGGCGGCGGCGGUGGCGGAGCGGCGCCUCCCAGUCUGAUGCUGGUGGAGGCCUUCCCCGAGCCCCUCUCAUCCACCACCUCCCUCCUCGGCUCCGUCCCCGGUCCGUCAGUGCCGGGGCCUGGGCCGGCGCACCGGCGCCACCGCUCCCAGGAGCUGGACCCCACCGAGCCACUGCUCACGGUGUCCCGGCAGGUGACGUUCAAACCGCAGCAGCUCACCCUGGCCUUCCUGACGGGUGUCCGCUGCUGGAGCCUGCUCUCGCAGAACCCGGCGCUCGAGAAAGAGUUCCAGCGCGUGUGGCAGCACGUGCUGAGCGGCAACAGCUGGCCGUGGUUCCAGUCGUUUGUCACCGACGUCCAUCUGUACGCCGACCGACUGCAGGAGCUCGCCUACCGCACGGACGCGGCGGCAGCCGCCGGUCUGGGCGGCACGGGCGGCACCGGCGCCCACUGCUGCCGGGCGCUGCUACAGAGGAUGGCCGCAGCGUUCGGCACCGGCGACUAUCAGCUGGCCGGUGAGCUGUGUCUCCACAUCCUGACGGGACCUCUGCUGCCGUCUGCACUCGGUGACCCGGCCAAAACUCAGGUAGUGGCCCAGUGUGCCCAGAACCGGCACCUGCACUUCCUCAGCUACACGCAGGCCGAUGUCAGCAAGUACUGCAUCAAGGUGCUCACACUCUGUCUGCAGAAGAAGGUGCUGGGCCCGGGUGCGUUUCAGGAUAACGCUGUCGGCCACUUGAUCGUGUUACUGCAGUACGACUGGCCCACCGAAGAGCCCAUCUUCUCCAAGGUGGUUCAUCUGAUUCGACAGCACGGCACCCUGACGUACCCUCAGUUCGUCCACUACGUCACCUGUCCCGACAUUGUGGAGGAGUUUGUGUACCUCAACACGGAGCACGGGGGCGGACUCACGUUCAGUCUAGUGCCCGCCCAGCAGCCGCGCCAGCGGACGAUAUCGACCCGGGGCGUGGACAAGGGCGCCCGGGAGGAGUUUCGCAUGGCCAUGCUGCAACAGAUUCGACGCACGGAGUCUACGCUGACACUCAUAGGCGAGUUCCUAACGGCGCAGAAAGACGACGUGCUGCGCUGUCUCAGGUGAUCGAUGGCUCGCGGAGAGGCGAGACGGGAAGGGAAAGAGAGAGUAGAGUAGAGGAGGGGAGAGGGGAGGCUGGGGUAGGGUGAUACCUUCUCAUGGCACAUUGCCAUCGCCCAGUCCUUGAUACGACGAAGUCUUGGUCGACAGUGGUGGCAUGGAAGGGUGACCAACAUUGUAUUUCGCUGUGAUUUGUUUCGUUCCCCGUGCUGUCAUGAAUUACCGUCACGCAUGCAAGCCACUACCGUCAUGAAUUUGCUUACAUCUCGCUCGUACAAAUGCGGUUUUACCGAGCGAUACGAAGUGACGUUGUUUGUGAUAUGAAAAUGUCGCCUUGCUUGUCUCGCGCGCUAGCAAAUGAAAUGGUUCAUGAAGUGUUGAUACAGCAUGCUGUGCUCUUUAUUAGAGCAUGCCAAGUGAUUCAUUCAAUGAACUCGACAGGCAGAGGUUGAAUAAUGUGAAACUGACACAAGUGCAUGCGAGGGAAUCAGUUUUCUAAUAAAAUGUCAAUUUCUUGCUUGAUAGCGCA